UGACUCGCUUCCCGAUGCUCGCUCUCUUUCUCUCUCUCUCGCGUUAAUACUUAUAAACUACGACCGGUGAGGAGUGGAAGCAAGCAGCCGCUUUACAAACUUGAGAGGCGAGCACUAGCUACGUUGCUCCACUGCUUUGAUGGCCGCUCUAGCUGCUCUACUUCUCGCCCUCGCCAUGGUUGGCGGAUCAGAUGCUGCUUGGUGUGUCUGUAGGUCUGACCAGAGUGAUGGUGUUCUUCAGAAGACACUGGACUAUGCUUGUGGAGCAGGAGCUGAUUGCUCCAGCAUUCUCCAAAAUGGAGCUUGUUACAACCCCAACACAGUGAGAGCCCAUUGCUCUUAUGCUACCAACAGUUACUUCCAGAGGAAGGGGCAAGCACAAGGGGCUUGUGAUUUCUCUGGCACUGCCACUCUCUCCACAACAGAUCCAAGUUUCAGUGGCUGCACAUACCCUGCCACUGCCAGUUCUGCAGCCACAAGUUCUACACCUGCAACAAACACCCCAGGAGCUGCAUUGAGCCCUCCGAGCGGAGUGUUCGGAGGAUUGGGACCAUCAAGCAGCCUCUCUGACAACUCCGGUGGCUCUCUUCUCAUGGCGGGGACGGCUUCUCUGCUCUUAACCGGUAUUUGCUCAUGGAUGGCCUUGUUGAGUUAACGAGACGAAAUCUUCUUCAUUGGUUGGUACACUGGGCAUUUUUGAGCUGAUGACUGUGAAAGUCAGAGAACAAAUGUAUGUGAUAAAAGCAUAUCUGAUCUAGUCCGUGUUCCCUAGUGGCAAAAGGAAUCGAUUCCACUUCAGUGGUUUAGUGGGGCAUUUGGAAUAUUAGUAUAGUUGUUCCUUUCUUGUGAGACUGUGUCUGGAUUAAUGUAUUAUUGAGCAGCUGUUAGAACGUGAGUUUACUUGUUUGUCAUGGCGAA